AUGUCACUGAUAUUGGAUAUAAAUAAAAAUUCAACUGAAAAUAAAAACAAUCUUGAAUCAACAGGAAUAUUAUUUCAAAAAGUUUGGGAGAAUGCAGUGAUAAAAAAUAAAAUUUUAUCAUUUUUAAAAGUAAAGACAACAACAUCUUUGUUAUUACCAAAUUUUAGAGGUAACAAGAUUAAAUUAUCAGUAGAAGGAUUUAUGCCAAAAGAUGAUAUGUCAAAUAAAACACAAGUAUUAAAAGAAAAUAAAUAUUCCAAAUUCGAUGAAAUGGUUAAUGUAUCCAAGAUGAUCAGUUAUGGCAAUAAAGAAUUAUUAAAAUACAAAGUAUCAAUAAAUUAUGAAGACUUACAUUUCUCAAAUAAUGAUAUACAUAUCAUACUUCAAAAUUUUAAAGAUGAAAAUUACGAUUAUCAAUUCUAUCAAGAUCUUUUUAAUAAUUAUCCAUUUUAUUUCACUUUAGACGAAACAAAAAAGAAUAAACUAUUAAAUAAAAUAAUUGUAAACGAUAAUUUAUUAGCAUUAAAAGUUCUCAUCAAUCAACUCAACCCAAUCAUUACAUACAAUAAAUUUAUAAUGGCAGUUAUAAAAGGAUCUAUAGAUAUUGUAAAUUAUCUUUCAAAUUCAACUACUACUAAUAAUAAUAAUAAUAAUAAUAAUAAUAAUAAUAAUAAUAAUAAUAAUAAUAAUAAUAAAUUUAAAUUAAAUGAAGAUGAUAUUAUUAAUGUAUUCAAUUUUAUUUUUUUCGAUGAAACUGAAGAUAUGGAUUUUGAUCCUGAUUUAGAGGAGGAAGAUUAUUUUCCUCCUUUAGUGGAAACAAAAUACCCAAUAAUGGAUUAUAGAUUUUUUCCAUUGGAUAAUAUAGAGAUUGUCUUUUUAAAAUCGAUACGCGAUAAAAAAAAUAUGAUUCAAUGUUUAAUGAAUUUAGGUGUAAAGCUUCCAACAAAGAUUAAAGAACCAAUUAAAUAUUUAUUUGAUUUAUCCAUGUGUGAAGAUCUUUGUUUUUUCCCUAAUAUUACAUUAAAAUGGCUAAUUGAAAUAUAUGAAUGUAUUCAUUAUGUAUCACCAUUGGUUUCUAAUGAAUCAUUAUCAGAGGCAAAUAAAAAGCUUUCAGAUUUAUUAUAUUCAAAAGAAAAGUUUGAAUCAAUAAAGAAAUUAUUCAGUGAAAUCGAAUUAAAUUCAACUUUAAACCGUUUAGAUUCAAGAGAAGAAAUCAAACAAAUUGACCCAACAUAUCAAAAAUUAUUUAUUGAAAAUUUUAUUAGCUAUAUAGAAAAUAAUGAUUUUUGUGAUGAAAGCUGUAAUGAAACUUAUUUCUUGGUCAAUUCACUUAUCGAUAAUGAUAAAGUAGAAUAUUUAAAAAUGGCUUUAAAUUCAUUCGAUUAUUCAGAUUCUCAAUGUAGUAAAUUAGAUUUCAAGGAAAAUCAAAAACUAUUUUCAAAUGAUUUCAUUUGUAACAACUAUCAAGAUUUUAAAAAGAAUAUAUUAAAAUGUAAUAAAGAUAACCCAUUAAAUUUCUUUCCAGUUUCCAAAAAUUUGAAAUUAAAUCAAUUCGUUGCAAUUUUAGAAUCAACACCACCUCAACAAAAGUAUUCAUGUUUAUUAAAUCCAGAAAUUUUGGCAUGGAUCUAUGAGAAUAGAGAAUGUGAUUUAAAAUCUGGUAGAUGUAUACAACCAAAUUUUGUAACAUUAUUCAGAUAUUUAUUUUACACCAACCAAUUUUCAAAAGCAUUAAAUGAUAUUGAUUAUUUUAAUAAUCCUGGUGACCUUGAUUAUUUUAAUUUUAAAAAUAAUCAUAAUGAUGAAAAAAUCCAUUCUAUUGAAGAAAUAAUAAAAGCCAUGAAAUCAAAAAAAGAAUUCAAACAACAACAAAUUGAUGAAUUUAAUACAAUUUUUAAAAUAACACUAUUAUUCAUAAUUCCAGGUUUAAAAAAACUUAUAAAAUCAAUAAUCAAAUCUAAUAAUUUUAAUUAUUUAGAAAUACUUUACAACUACAUUAAUAACACCAGUAAAGAAAAGAAAUUUGAAAAUCUAUUGGAAGAAUUAAAAGAUUUAAUAUUUCAGUAUAUUAAAAAGUACAAUAAAAUCAGUUGUUUAAAAUUUUUAUUGAAAUUAGAUCAAGAUAAUAAGUCAUUCUUUUCUGAAGAUUUGUUAAUAUUUUUUUACAAAGAAAUAAAUACAAAUUAUUCAAUAAAUCAAGAAAUUUCAAAUAUUUUAAAAAUUUAUUUCAAUUUUAACAUUGAAGAUAAAAUAAAAGAAGAAGAUGAAAAAGAAGAAGAAGAAGAAGAAGAAGAAAAAGAAGAAGAAGAAGAAGAAGAAGAAGAAGAAGAAGAAGAAGAAGAAGAAGAAGAAGAAGAAGAAGAAGAAGAAGAAGAAGAAGAGGAAGAAGACGAUGAUGAUGACGAGAUGAAGGAGGAUUAA